CACAAACCAAUGGAGAGGCUGCGUCAGCAAGAUGAACGUAUAUAAACUCGCAUUCAGGUGCAUUGGCUCUACUAAACAGUCUACAGAUCUCUUUGCUGUCGGUUUUCUCUAAUUCAUUAUUAUCUAAUGGUACAACGGGCACACUAUAUCAUCUUGCAUCCAUUCAGACUUCAUCAUGGCCAUACCGAAGGAAACACUAUCCCUAAAUGACGGAUGGAAAUACACUGCAAGCAACGACUUAGAAGCUGCUGAUGUGGAAAAUUGGCACAAUGCCCAGCCAUUGCCCACAUCAAUCCACCUUGAUCUACUUGCCAAUGGCUCCAUCCCAGAUCCCUUUUCCGCGAAGAAUGAGCAGCUUGUGCAAUGGGCAGGCAAGAAGACUUGGAUCUAUGAGAAACAAUUCACCGUUCCCUCACAGCUGCUCAGAAAUCUCACUCGCAUGGUGGUUUUGGUCUUUGAAGGUCUGGAUACAUACACGACCGUCACGCUGAAUGGCACAAUUAUUCUGGAAACCAACAAUAUGUUUCUCAGUCAUCGGGUCGAUAUCACAGAGCAAGUUCGUUCUGCUCAGACGGCACAAAACGAGACGCAUACUCUGCGAAUAGUCUUUCACAACGCCGACCAGAAGGCAAUGGAGGAAAUGGAGAAGCACCCAGAGCAGAGUUGGUUCAGUUUUCAUUUUGGAAACAAGCGCCUAGCUGUGAGGAAGGCACAGUACCAUUUCGGCUGGGACUGGGGUCCUGUGUUGACGGACUGCGGACCGUGGAAGCAGAUUAAUCUCGAGAUAUAUCAGACACGACUUACCGAUAUCUCAAUUCGGACACAUCUCGAUACUGAUCAUAGAGAAGCCGUAGUUGAUGUGUCGGUCGAGAUGGAAGGAUUGGCAGACUAUGCAAGAAUCAGCAUUGAAAGAGACGGCUUGACUGUUGAAUCGCGCGUCAUAUCUCUCACUGAUAAAAAAACCACAACUGCGAUACGAAUACGCAAUCCGAAGCUAUGGUGGCCAUGGAGUCUCGGCGAACCAAACCUUUACACUGCUAAAGUCACAUUGUUCAACGGUUGUGACAGCUCUGUGGAAGAGCUGGAUUCUCUCAGGAAGAGAUUCGGUAUUCGCAAGAUUGAACUCGUGCAGCAACCAUUGCGCGAUCAAGAGGGAUCCAGCUUCUUCUUUCGGGUUAAUGGUGUUCCCAUCUUCGCUGCUGGGUCGUGUUGGGUACCGCUGGAUUCCUUUCUAGCCCGUGCGACACCAGGGAAAUACAGGCGUUGGGUACAACUCGCCAAAGACACUAAUCAGGUCAUGAUUCGCAUCUGGGGUGGAGGCAUAUACGAACACGAUGCGUUUUUCGACGCAUGCGACGACCUGGGUGUCCUGGUUUGGCAUGAUUUCAUGUUCGCGUGUGGCGUAUAUCCGGCAUAUUCCUCUUUCGAGGAGAGCGUAAUUGCCGAAGUACGUCAGAAUGUUACGCGUUUGCGACACCAUCCCUCGAUCGCCGUCUGGUGUGGAAACAAUGAGGACUACGCGAUCGCAUACUUGGCCCAGAUACACGUGGGUAAAGCGGACUAUGACCCAGCGGAAAUGGACCCCGACAAAAUCAAGCAAUCCGGGUUUCCGGCACGAUUAUUUUACGAGGUUCGCUUGCCAGAGGUCUGCAAGGAGUUGAUACCUGACAUUUCGUACUGGCCGGGCUCUCCAUUUGGAGGAUCAUUCUGCAACGCACCAACGGAAGGCGAUCUGUCAUAUUGGACAGUAAAGCGGGAGAAUCAGCCAAUAACUGCCGGUCUCGCCCGUAUAGUCAGUGGGGAUUCGCUGGAGUUAGAAGCAUGGGCUUGCAAUAUGACGUUGCGCCAUGUUUCAAUCAACUAUGAGAUCCAGGCCUGGCAUGUCGAGACAGGGCAGAACGUUUGGACCCAUACAGUAUCAGCAAAGAUCCAACUUGACCCUAACCGAAGCACGGAAUUGGGCAGAACCCUAUUGGACUCCAGACUUGGCGGCGAGGCACAUUACAAAUGGAACGAACUGGCAUUUGCCAUUCGUCUCUUUUCUGCACCUGAAUCGUCGGUCAGUAAUCCAGCCGCUGAGAGAAAUCGCAUCGCUCGUUAUGUAAAUUUCCACGAGCCAUUGAAGGAAGUUCCUUUUGCCUCUGAGGAGGGAAAGAUCACUGUAAAGCUUACCGAAGGGGAAAUCGGGUCCAUCAUUCAGCUUUCCGUGUCGGUGCCUAUGAAAGGAGUCUAUCUUGACUUCGAGGACGAAGACACUGUCGAGUGGGACGAUAACGGCCUGGAUCUUGUACCUGGAGAAAUGUUCAAAGUAUGUGUGACGGGGGUCAAAUAUGGCGGGGCGAAGAAGCUGCGAGUUUACUGGUUAGGAGAGACUUCAUGGCAGAGCCAAACCCUUGUUGUUUGA